AUGGAGGAGGACCCGGCGUACGACACCCACGGCCUGCUCCCCCUGGAGAGGCAGCUCCACCAGGCUGCCCGACAGAACCACAUCGGAAGGAUGAAGGAGCUGAUCCAGAAGGUUGACAUCAGGGCCAGAAACCACGUGGGCAGGGUGGCCCUGCACUGGGCUGCAGGUGCUGGGCACGAGCAGGCUGUGCGGCUGCUGCUGGAACACGGCGCAGCUGUGGAUGAUGUGGACAUGGUAGGCACCUCAGGGAGGCGUGUCUGUCUAUGUUUUGGGAUGAAUGCGCUUCUCCUGUCUGCCUGGUUUGGCCACUUGCAGGCCCUCCAGAUCCUGGUCAGCUCCAGGGCUAAGAUCCACUGUGAGAACAAGGACGGCCUGGCUUUAUUGCACUGCGCAGCCCAGAAAGGUCAUGUGCCUGUGCUGGUGUUCAUAAUGGAGAACCUGGAGGAUGUAGCCUUGGGCCAUAAAGACAAGCUGGGAAGGACUGCGUUUCACAGGGCUGCUGAGCACGGGCAGCUGGAUGCUCUGGACUUCCUCGUGGGCUCUGGCUGUGACCACAGUGUCAAAGACAAGGAGGGGAACACAGCCCUUCACCUGGCUGCCGGCCGGGGCCACGUGGCUGUGCUGCAGCGACUUGUGGACAUCGGAUUGGACCUGGAGGAGAAGAAUGCAGAAGGCCUCACCGCCCUGCAUGCGGCUGCAGAAGGGACCCACGCCGACUGUGUGCAGCUCCUCCUCAGAGCUGGCAGCAACGUGAAUGCCCUCACCCAGAAAAAGCGAAGCUGCCUCCACUACACGGCCCUUGGUGGCUCUGAGGACGUAUCCCGGGCCCUUGUCCACGCGGGAGGCUGCACCAACGUGGCUGAUCAUCAGGGCACCUCUCCUCUGCACCUUGCUGUGAGGCACAACUUCCCUGCCCUGGUCCAGCUCCUCAUUGAUGCCCACAGUGACCCAGAUGCCAUGGACGGUAGGCAGCAGACACCUCUCCACCUCGCCGCAGAGAACGCCUGGCAGGACAUAGCGGAGAUGCUCCUCCUCGCUGGGGUGGACUUGAACCUGAGAGAUAAGCAAGGAAAAACCCCGCUGGCAGUGGCCGCCCGCAGCAACCACGUCGGCCUGGUGGACAUGAUCAUCAAGGCGGAUCGUUUCUACAGAUGGGAGAAGGACCACCUUUCAUGCAGAGACUCCAGCCACCCCUCUGGGAAGAGCCUAACCUUUAAGCAGGACCAUCGUCAGGAAAUGCAGCAGCUCCGCUCUGUGCUGUGGCGACUGGCCUCCAGGGAUCUGCGGCCCCAGGAGUGGAAGAAGCUGGCAUGUUCCUGGGAGUUCACCGAGGACCAUGUCUACGCCAUUAAGCAACAGUGGACAGGCACCAGGAGCCACCAGGAGCACGGCCACCGCAUGCUUCACUGGCUGCAUGGCGUGACCACGGCUGGCGAGGACCCCGGCAAGGCGCUGUUUGAGGGCCUCGUGGGCAUCGGCAGAAGGGACCUGGCUGGUGAGAGUUCCUCUGCUCGGCUCUGCUUGGGAGGGGUGGCCGAUGGUGGGAUGCUGCAGGGCUGUUCAACCAAGAUGUGUGACCCUGGCUCUGAACCUUCCAGAUUUCUGGUCCUCCCUCUGCCUCCUCCUCAAACCCUGAGGAAGAGAAUUGAGCAAGCCAUCGUGCAUCCUGGCCCAGUUCCCCAUCAGCACAGCAAGGUGGUGGUCCAAAUGAAUCUGACCUCACAGCCACCAAAACCAUGGACACUGUACUCUCUCCCUUGCUAG